AUGGUAGACUCUCCACUUUGCGAAUGUGGAGAAACACAGACAAUCAAACAUAUGGUUGAGUCGUGUCCAAUCACAAUGUUCAAAGGAGGAUUAACAAAACUACACGAGGGCGGAUCAACAGCCAUAAAAUGGCUUGAAGAACUAAAUACUCAUGAUUGCUCAAACAAGUAUGAUGGUGCUGCCUCUAUGCAAGGCAAAUACAGUGGAUUGAAAACACGUAUACAAGCGGAGAAUCCAAUAGAAAUGUUUACUUGGUGUUUUGCUCACAAAUUAAAUUUAGUUAUAGUUGAUACUUGUGAUUGCUGUAUUAAUACCAAAACUUUUUUUGGUAAUGUUGGCGAUUUAAUUGAAUUUAUGCGAGCUAGAAAACGGACGGCUGCAUUUGUUGUCAUUCAAGAAAAGUACUCUGCUCUGCUGAAACCAUUGGAAAAUAUUUCAAAAGCAAAUGAUUCAGAUAGUGAUACAACUUCAACAGCCAAAAACUUAAUUUCGGUUAUAACAUCAUCCCAAUUUAUCUUAGUUUUGGUUCUGAUGAGAAGAAUAUUUUCGGUUACGACUGAAGUUUCAAACUAUUUGCAAUCAAAAUCUAUUGAUUUUAUGCAAGCUAUCAAAAUGGCGAAUGUUGCUAAGAAUAGAUUGAAAACUUUGCGUACUAAUGAAGGAUGUACUGAAAUAAUUAAUACUGCUAAAGUAUUUUCUACUAAAAACAAUCUUUCCCAAUAUGACUUCAAAAUUAUGCUAUUAUUACGUCAAUUGACAUCAGGUUUAAUUAUUCACAAGACAUUUUUUAAAGAUUUAAGCCUACUUACUCCGGAACGUAUGUUAUCCAUCAAAACUAAAAGUGAAUUGCCCAGUAGCGCAUUUGAACAAUUAUCGAAUUGGAUAGACAUUGAUACUAAUAAAUUACAAUAUGAAUAUUUAACAUUCAGCAACAGCUUUAAUGAUCUUUUUAAUGACACUUAUUCAACCCAAACAAGUAAAUCCAAUGACAAAAAUAAUGACAGGACUGAUCAACCGUAUAUUAGUUCAGAAAUUGAUUCUGAUGAUUCUGAAAUUGAAGACGCCAGUACAACAAAAAUGUUUAGACAUUUGGGUUUUUUAUCAAGUCACAACUUAAUUGCAGCCUUUCAAUAUUUGUACUUGGCAUAUAAAGCGUUGUGCAUCAUACCUGCAUCAUCUGCAUCUACUGAACAAAGCUUUUCUAAGGUAAAACUAGUUAAAUCCAGGCUUAGAUCAACCAUUGGGCAGAAUCGGUUGGAAAGUUCACUUAUAUUAAGCUGUGAAAGGUAUAUUGAAAUUGAUCGUCAUGAAGCAAUUGACAUAUUUGCAAAGUCCUCAGAACUCUUGAUGCAGAAUUUAUUGUUUAAAUAA